AUGGUGUGAAGUUGGUGUACACAACACCACAUCGAUUACCGGAAUCAGCAGCCGUUGCGUCGCUGACGCUGAGUGGGGGAGAUCGGACCAUGCAUCAGGAACUGGAAGUGAACGACGACGGCGGCCGCGUGCUGAGCAUCCAGUCUCAUGUGGUGCAGGGCUAUGUGGGCAAUAAGAGCGCCAUGUUUCCGUUGCAGUUGUUGGGUAUGGACGUAGACCCCAUCAACAGCGUGCAGUUCUCCAACCACACAGGAUACGCGAAGUUCACAGGCCGCCGUCUUACGGGCGACGAGUUGCAUGAGCUAUUGGACGGUAUGGAGAUCAAUGAUCUACUGAAGGAUGCGCACACGCACCUUCUUACGGGCUACAUUGGCUCCAUCUCGCUGCUGGACGCCAUUGUACGCGUGUACGAGCGGAUCCGAGCGGCGCAGACCCACCCGGAGCGCCUCGUGUACGUGUGCGACCCCGUAAUGGGAGAUCUUGGCAAACUCUACGUGCCCUUGGAGCUCGUGGACAUGUACCGCUCCAAGGUGCUACCGAUUUGCGACGUCUUGACACCGAACCAGUACGAGUGUGAGCUGCUGGCCGAGAUGGAGCUCCGUACAGUAAAGGACGCUAUGCGUGCGUGCAAGAAACUCCACACUCUAGGCCCGAAGGUCGUGGUAAUCAGUAGCUUCCAAGAGGCCUCCGAGGACGAGACACCGAAGGAAUUGGUGGUUAUUGGCAGCAAGGUCAUUACUGGCGGCCGCUGUGAGCAGUAUGAGGUGCGUUUCCCGUGGAUUGACAGCUACUACACCGGCACAGGUGACCUGUUCGCAGCACUACUACUGGCUUGGCUCUACCGCUUCCCGGACGACUUUAAACGCGCUCUUGAGAACGUCAUUUCAACCAUCCAGGACGUGCUUCGUAUCACGUUAAAACUUGGCGGGAAAGACUGCGACUUGAAGCUCAUUCAGAGUCGUCACGUGAUCGCCAACCCCACAGUGCGAUUCUUUGCCAAACCGCUCUCGGUGCCUAUCCUAUUCGUACUCGUGGACUUGGACACUUUGCUUGGGACAACGAGUAAUGACGAGGUUGUAGACGUCCCAGCUGAUGCAUCGAUCCAGCGCCGUGAGCUGCUCAGUGCGUUGGCGUCGCUCGUGGGUGCUGAGAAUGUCAGUAUCGUCACAAACUACACAGUGCCGUCAACACAAGCGCUACUCUCAGCAUUCAAGGUGAUCUCUUCGAUGGAAGUUGGUGCGAAUGCUGAUCAUCGGAUCGAAACUCGCAACUGCGAGACGCUGGUUGUGUCUAGCUCUGCUUCCCUCACUGCACUGGCGUCUCGCACUCUGUACCAGGUGGCGCCGUCCACUGCCUCUGACGAGGCAGUGCUGGCCUAUAUCAAGGAGCACAAUGCUCAAUGCCUUCUUGCUUAAUGACUGCAAGACAGUGGCCUGAUAGACGAGCAAUAGAUAGAGCUUCUGUAUUUCGGCUGUCAUUGGCUCUAACCACACCAACGUGAUAAGCACUGAAAUUAACUUGUAUUGACGCCACCGAACUUAUGGAUGCGCCGUCACACGUGCAGCGAUCGUCGCGUGCGUCGAGGCAAGCGCUCGAGUCCAUCGGUCCAAAGAGUCGUACAUCUUGCUAGCAUCUCGAGCUCUACAAGCAUUGAACAAUAGGAGGACAGUCAGAAAAAUAACCAUGCACUAGCAACACCAGCGAUACAACGUACUUUUGUCGCGUCUGCAGCACUAGAAGACCUC